AGCACCCACAUUUGCACCUCAGAAGAAAUCAUCACGACAAGAUGGCCAAACUCAUCCUCUCAAUCAAUGCUGGCUCAUCUUCCGUCAAGGUCUCUGUUUUCAGAGGAAGCUCCAAGGACGCUGAGCCCUCUCAGCUUGCCGAAGUGUCUAUCGAUGGACUGACUGCCCCUCCUUCGACUCUUACCUAUAAACGUGGAGACCACAAGAUCAAGGGCAAGGAGAUCGAAGGUGUUAGUUCUCAAGAGGACGCAUUCAAGUACAUCCUCGAACACCUUCUAAAUGAUGACGACUUGCCGGACCUUAAGAACAAGGAAGAUAUUGAAUUUGCAUGCCACAGAGUUGUCCACGGAGGAGACUUCGACAAACCUACAAGAAUUGACAAAGAGACUUACCACCACAUCGAAGAGCUUUCUGAUCUGGCACCUCUCCAUAACGCAGGUGCCUUGACUAUCGUCAAAGCUGUUCACGAGCAACUACCAAAGGCAACCAACAUCGCCUUCUUCGAUUCUGCAUUCCACUCAACUAUUCCAGAGCAUAUCCGAACAUACCCCAUCGACCAAGAGAGAGCGAAGCUCAACAAGCUUCGCAAGUAUGGUUUCCACGGUCUCUCAUAUGCAUUCAUUGCCAGAUCCGUGGCCGAAUCUUUGAACAAGCCCGUCGAUUCACUGAACAUCAUUGCUCUGCACCUGGGCAGUGGUGCUUCUGCAUGCUCCAUUGUUGACGGCAAGUCCUUCGACACCACCAUGGGUCUGACACCUUUGGCCGGUCUUCCAGGUGCGACCCGAUCAGGUUCUGUCGACCCCAGUCUGAUCUUCCACUUUACGCACAGCGCUGGAAAGCCUAGCCGCAGCAGCACUAAGGAUCUGCACAUCACCGAGGCUGAGGAAAUCUUGAACAAGAAGAGUGGAUGGAACGCUAUCGCCGGCACGACUGACUUUGGCGUGAUCAGCUCAAAGGCAGAGGAAGGUGACAAGAACUGCCAACUCGCCUUCAAUCUGUUUGUCGACAAGAUUUUGAAUUUCGUGGGUGGAUACUACGUCAAGAUGGGUGGCAAGCUCGAUGCUCUAGUAUUUGCUGGUGGUAUUGGUGAGAAGGGAAGUCAACUACGCGCUCGCGUGGUUAAGCAGCUGGCCUGUGUCGGCUUCGAGCUUGACGAGGAAAAGAACAAGAAGCCCGAAGACAAGGAAGUGGUGGAUAUCUCGAAGAGCGGAUCCAAGCACAAGGUCCUGAUCUGCCAGACCGACGAGCAGACGGAGAUGGCGAGGCAAUGCGUCCAGAACGCUGAUGACUUCCGGAAAAAUGUUUGAAGCUAUCAAGGAGGCUUCAGAUGACGAACAUGCAAUAAAAGCAGGAUUGCUAUGAAAUGUAUAGCAUUACUAAUUAUUAAAGGUCCUUUAAUCCGAUGGUUGU